GGAAAGGCGUCAGUUCGCGCAGCUGCGGCGCCUUGGUCCCCAUGGCACUGUGGCGCGGCUCCGCGUACGCGGGCUUCCUGGCGCUGGCCGUGGGCUGCGUCUUCCUGCUGGAGCCAGAGCUGCCAGGCUCGGCGCUGCGCUCUCUGUGGAGCUCGCUGUGUCUGGGGCCCGCGCCGGCGCCCCCAGGACCCGUCUCCCCUGAGGGCCGGUUGGCGGCAGCCUGGGACGCCCUUAUCGUGCGGCCAGUCCGGCGCUGGCGCCGCGUGGCAGUGGGGUGAGUGCCAGCGGGGCCUGGGUCUCUGAACCUCCGAGGUCCGCCUUGGAGGUCGGGCGGAGCCGCCCAGAAACAGGGCUUCCCAGAGGUCCCCGGGAGGCGCUGCUGUCCGCGCUGGCCCCUUGGCGAGAAGCGUCGGACGUCUGAGUGGAACCCGGUUCGUCACCGCUGCUCUUUCCACUCGGCUGGCCUCUGCACCUUUCUCUGAUCCCGAGUCAAUGCAUGUGUUGAUGUGGUGCUCUCAGGGGUGAAGCUCUUGCAGGCACUUGGCCUUAGUCCUGGGAAUGGGAAAGAUCACAGCGUUCUGCAUUCAAGGAAUGAUCUGGAAGAAGCCUUCAUUCACUUCAUGGGGAAGGGAGCAGCUGCUGAGCGCUUCUUCAGUGAUAAGGAAACUUUUCACGACAUUGCCCAGGUUGCAUCAGAGUUCCCAGGAGCCCAGCACUAUGUAGGAGGAAAUGCAGCUUUAAUUGGACAGAAAUUUGCAGCCAACUCAGAUUUAAAGAUCCGUAUUUCUGGCUGGGCACGGUGGCUCAUGCCUGUAAUUGCAGCACUUUGGAAGGCCAAGAUGGGCAGAUCACUUGAGGUUCUUCUUUGCGGUCCAGUUGGUCCAAAGCUACAUGAGCUUCUUGAUGACAAUGUUUUUGUUCCACCAGAGUCAUUGCAGGAAGUGGAUGAGUUCCACCUCAUUUUAGAGUAUCAAGCAGGGGAGGAGUGGGGCCAGUUAAAAGCUCCCCAUGCCAACCGAUUCAUCUUCUCUCACGACCUCUCCAACGGGGCCAUGAAUAUGCUGGAGGUGUUUGUGUCUAGCCUGGAGGAGUUUCAGCCAGACCUGGUGGUCCUCUCUGGAUUGCACAUGAUGGAGGGACAAAGCAAGGAGCUCCAGAGGAAGAGACUCUUGGAGGUUGUAACCUCCAUUUCUGACAUCCCCACGGGUAUUCCAGUUCACCUAGAGCUGGCCAGUAUGACCAACAGGGAGCUCAUGAGCAGCAUUGUGCAUCAGCAGGUCUUUCCUGCGGUGACUUCUCUUGGGCUGAAUGAGCAGGAGCUGUUAUUUCUCACCCAGUCGGCAUCUGGACCUCACUCUUCUCUCUCUUCGUGGAACGGUGUUCCUGAUGUGGGCAUGGUCAGUGACAUCCUCUUCUGGAUCUUGAAAGAACACGGGAGGAGUAAAAGCAGAGCCUCGGAUCUCACCAGGAUCCAUUUCCACACACUGGUCUACCACAUCCUGGCAACUGUGGAUGGACACUGGGCCAACCAGCUGGCAGCCGUGGCUGCAGGAGCUCGUGUGGCUGGGACACAGGCCUGCGCCACAGAAACCAUAGACACUAGCCGAGUGUCUCUGAGGGCACCCCAAGAGUUCAUGACUUCCCAUUCGGAGGCAGGCUCCAGGAUUGUAUUAAACCCAAACAAGCCAGUAGUAGAAUGGCACAGAGAGGGAAUAUCCUUCCACUUCACACCAGUGUUGGUGUGUAAAGACCCCAUUCGAACUGUAGGCCUUGGAGAUGCCAUUUCAGCCGAAGGACUCUUCUAUUCAGAAGUACACCCUCACUAUUAGGAAGAUUGUUAGGGGUAAUUUUUCUGAGGAAGGAGAACUAGCCAACUUAAGAAUUACAGGAAGAAAGUGGUUUGGAAAAUAGGAUUGAGAGGGUCAGAACUGUUCGUAGAUCUAGUUGGAAGACAGCCAAAGAAAUAAAAGCAGAUUAAACUGUAUCAGAUACAUUCCAGCCUGUUGGCAACUCCAUAAAAACAUUUCAGGUUUUAAUCAGAAUUUAGCUAAUGAGACUGGAUUUUUGUUUAUGUUGUGUGUCACAGAGCUAAAAACUCAGUUCCUAAAUCCCCAGUUUAUGCGGCGCCAUCUAGUAUUUUAAGCCAAACUUCUUCACCCCUGAGAGCAUGUCAGCUGGAGAAAAGCACUCCUUCCUUGCCCACUUGAGAAGUGCACGCCCACUCACCCAACAUCCUGGUCUCUAGGAAAGCCUCAUGUGAGGUUCCUCUCUCUCUCAGCUCAGUGCCCAUGGGCAAGGAUCAUGAUUUCCAUUCAGUGUUACAAUGACAAUAUUUAAUGAGUAUAACCUUCUCAGUCUCCUGCUCUCAAAUUUAGGACAGAGCCGCUAAGGACAAAACAGUCCCUCCUGUGCUUUAUGAUGGCAACAGGGGCUGGGGAGCCUCUGAGGGACUCGUUCAUUCUGCAGUUGUCUAGAAGCCUGGGUGGCGUCGUGAGCUGAAGGAUCGUGCUUUCCUGUCCUGGCUCCGUAGGUUAUAGGCUGGCUGGUGAAAGGUUCACAUGGCCCGAGCUGAACUUCAUUGCCUAGCUUUGGAUGUGCUUUCUGCCAUGAAGACUGAUUUUUGUUCGUUCUGAGCCUUCGAGGAAUUUGCUUUUUACAACUGGAAUAUGCUCCUGUGUGUAUAACAGAUCAUGUAUGUUUUAUGUUUUCAUUGAUCAUUAAAGAGUUUGACCUCAGAGCUCCAGGAUCAUCAAUAAAUUUGUCAUGUUAUAUAUUUAUUUUUUUAUAAAUCAAGACUUCUGUGUGCUCUUAAAUAUAUUAAAAACAAUUUACAUUUCAGGA